AUGGCCAAUAUGGCCCCUCAGGGCGUCGCGACUCAUCUCUCUGUCAAUGGACUCAUUGGAGUAACCUGGACCGGUGCCGGGCUAGGCAUCAUCUUCGCGUCCAUACGCUUCGGUAUCCGCAUUAAACGCAUGAAGCGUCUCCUGGUCGACGAUUAUUUUGUACUUCUGGCCCUUGUCUUCCUGGUCACCAAUGCAAUCCUCCAGACCUUGCAAGCACCCCACCUUUAUUACAUGCUGUUGAACGUCACUGGGCCUGACAUCGUCUACCAUGCUCUCAAGUACACGCAUUUUGAGUUUGUCAUAAUAGGCAUUUUCUGGUCGGUGCUCUGGAGCAUCAAGGGUUCAUUCCUGGCGCUGUUUUGGCUCAUUUCGGAUGGCUUGCCGCACUAUCGCCGUGUCUGGUGGGGAGUCACGACUUUCGCAGUAUUGGCGUAUAUUGGAUGCUGGCUGGCGUCGAUCUUGAACUGUCAUCCUCCGUCGGAUUAUUUUCGAUUCGGAAAAUGCACCAAGCCGAUAGACAUCCGAGGAUCCGUCAUUUCCAUCUGCUACAGUACUACUGUCGACAUUCUUACCGACUUGAUGAUUAUGUACCUCCCCCUCCGCAUCCUGUGGAAGACAAAGAUGAACCUCCACCAGAGACUGGGCCUGGCAACUGUCUUCUGUCUUGGCUUUGUCAUCAUCGCUGCAGCCAUUAUCCGUGCCGUGGCAAUCACCGGCAAAGCGUACUCGGAUCAAGCUGCUCUGGCCAUCUGGGGCAUCGCCGAGUCCUCAAUCUGUAUGUACUAUAUCCAGCGUCGACUCGUGCAGCCAACGCUAACCUGCAAAGCCAUGAUUGUCGGCUGCCUACCUCCCUUCAAAUCCUUUAUCACGAGCGGUUCCAGCAGCGCCAACUACAAUUACAAUUACAACUAUAACUCGUCCCAGCGCGCGGCAAACCACUACAACCGCAGCGCCUCCUCUGCCCGUAUCAAGAAACGCUCCAUCACCACCACCAGCUGGAACGGAUUGCCUAUUCCACUGCAGGAGAGGAAUCUGAACGCAUACCAGAAUCUAGAGUAUGAAUCCCAAGGGAAACAUGACGUACACAUUGCAGGCGGUGUGAAUACGCGUGCUGCCCCGCCCCCAGAGACCUCCCGCCUGAGUCUCUCAGAGGAUGACGCUGGGCAUGGUGAAAUCAGGAUGGUGAAAGAAUUUGUGAGAAUAUCCCUAUUUUCUUUCUGA